UUGGUUUCUUUCUUCACUGUGAAUAUGAAUGUAUUAAUGGAAGUAACUAGUUAGGAAGAGAAACAAGUCUUUAAGUUGAAGUUGUUGCCGCCUCACCAGUCAUCACCACCACAAUCUAUCAAUAUCUUAUUCUUCUCUCCUCCCUCCACCUGGGUAACGGUUCCAUUGCGCGUCAAAACCAUUUUUAUUUUUAUUUUAUUUUUUUAAUUUUUAUUUUAGAGAGAGAGAGAGAUUAAGACGAUUGAAGAGGAGAGAGAGAGAGAUUGCUUCCCGCGUUUUACAUGUCCAUAUCCAUUUCACUCAGUUUCCUCAUGCGUGCAAGCUAUUCCUAAUCUAAUAAUCUCAAAAACACAACCCUUCGCUCCUAACAUUUUCAUGGGUUUUUGACGGUUUUACUUCACUUUAAGCUUCUUCGUACCUAUUUUCUCCUCUUUUCUUUACCCUUUUGCUAUAUAUUACUUUCCUCUCUCUCUCUCUCUCUCUCUCUCUCUCUCUCUCUCUCUCUCUCUCUCUCUCUCUCUCUCUCUCAUAUUUAAACAAUACCCACUAAAUUAUCUUAACUAAUUUCCUUUGCAUUUCUUCUUAUUUGACUUGGAAUUACCACUCAUCUUAAUCUCUAGCUGGGUUUCUACGUUUUGGUAUCUGGGUCUCAUUCGUUUCACUUUGAUUUCUAAGGAAGAAAAAAAAAAGUCAUUUCUCUGAAGAAGCUUGGAUUUAAUAGCUUUGGCGAAGUGGGACUUUUUUCAUUCUUAAAAUAUACUCUUUUUGCGCUAAGAUCUGUGAGGAAAAUUCUGGCUUGGCGAACAAGGCCGAUAUCGAAGUUGAUGGUUUUUGUAUAGACUUGGAAGAUCGGCAUACCGAAGAAGCUUCCAUGGGAGGCCAUAUGAGCAAGAACAAGGGCCCCCCUGGAUCAUCAUCGUCGUCUUCGUCCACUACAAACAUGAAUGUCCACACAAAUAUUCACUACACAACCGAGUUGAACUCCUACGAGGCAGCUUGCAAGCUUGACUCGGACUUGCGGACUUUUGACUCGGCCCUUCAAGCUCGGACCAACCAGGUAAUCAAUACUCUAGCCGUUGGAGUCGAAGUCCGAUCCCUUUCAUUUGAUUCCCUAAAAGAGGUCACCGAAUGCCUGUUGGAGAUGAACCAGGAAGUUGUCAAGGUUAUCUUGGAAUGCAAGAAAGACAUAUGGAAAAACCAAGAGCUGUUCGAGCUAGUAGAGGAGUACUUCGAGAAUAGCUUGAAGACACUUGAUUUCUGUACUGCAUUGGAGAAGUGCCUGAAGCGUGCUCGUGACACCCAGUUGCUAAUUCUCGUUGCCCUCCAACAGUUCGAGGAGGAAACAGUGGAAGGAGGGAGUCGCUAUGUGAGAACACUUGAGGAGCUGAAGAAUUUCAAAGCUGCGGGAGACCCUUUUACUGCUGAGUUCUUUCAGCUAUUCCAAGAGGUUUAUAAGCAACAGACUUUAAUGCUUGAGAAAUUGCAGCUCCGGAAAAACAAGCUUGACAAGAAGCUUAAAUGUAUCCAUGCUUGGAGGAAGGUGUCGAGUAUGAUAUUUGUCGCCACUUUUGCUGCCGUACUGAUCUGCUCUGUGGUGGCAGCUGCCAUGGCAGCUCCACCUGUUGCGGCGGCUUUGGCUGCGGCUACUUCUAUUCCCAUUGGUUCAAUGGGGAAAUGGAUUGACUCCCUUUGGAAGAAGUAUGAAGAUGCAUUGAAGGGUCAGAAAGAGGUGAUCAGUGCAAUGCAGGUUGGGACUUAUGUUGCCAUUAAGGACCUGGACAAUAUCCGAGUCCUAAUUGAUCGUUUGGAGAUGGAGAUUGAGUCUCUCUUGCGAAACGCCGAAUUCACCAUUGAAGAAGAUGCUUUGAGAGUGGGAAUUGAAGAGAUUAAGAAGAAGCUUGGAGGGUUUAUGAAGACUGUUGAGGAGUUGGGAGUUCAGGCUGAUGUUUGCAGUAGAGACAUCCGGCGAGCCAGGACUGUGGUUCUACAAAGGAUCAUAAAAAAUCCCAACCAUUGAUGAUGUUGGAAAGGAAAUUAUUAGCUAUUCCAUUAAUGUUGUAAUGCCCCGACGACAACAACUGUUUUGUCGUUGGAGGACUUUCUUUCCUCAGUUUAUUUGUUUUGGUAUUUUUUUAUUUAUUAUAUUUUUCAAUUGGGGUGGAAAUUUAUUUCGUUUUUAGUAUACAUAUUUAAAGCAAAACUUAAAAUGUAAAGACAGUUGCAUUUCACCCUCCAUUUUCUAUGUUAUUGGCAAAUAGGUUUCUGACAA